UGCAGCCGCAAUCAGACGCGCGGUCCAAGAGUCAGACUCCGGUUCUAGGGUUCGUGGUGUUGCCGUCGCCGCCGAAGGCUUCGACGAGAUGGUUCUACCGAACGACAUCGAUUUGCUCAAUCCCCCCGCGGAGCUUGAGAAGAGGAGGCACAAGCUCAAGCGUCUCGUUCAAUCUCCCAAUUCCUUCUUCAUGGAUGUGAAGUGUCAAGGAUGCUUCAACAUAACUACGGUGUUUAGCCACUCGCAGACUGUGGUGGUUUGCGGAAACUGCCAGACCGUUCUGUGUCAGCCAACCGGCGGGCGCGCCAGGCUCACUGAGGGUUGCUCUUUCCGGCGGAAGGGCGACUGAGCCUUCUCUCUAAUCUUUCUUUCUUUCUUAUGGCAAAUUUUUUUACCAAACUUGGAAUUAAAAUUAUGCUAUGUUUUGGUAUUAUCUUUGUCUAAGUGGUCAGCAAGGACAAGAUAUAAUGCAUAUGAUGUUUUAUUGGAGUGCAGAGUAGAAUUUGUUUGUUCCUUUUUCA